UAUAAAUAAAUAAAUAAAUAAAUAAAUCAGACAAGGAACAAAUCUGAGGAAAGAAGGAACAAUAACAAAGUUUGAAGGGCGACCUGUUAAUUCGGAUUGGGACACGCUUUCGUUCUAUUUUCGUUGCUGAUAAUUUACCCCUCCAUUUCGUCUUCUACUAUCAAAUUCCUCUUGAAUUUGAUCUUCCCUAAGGAGUCAGUUGAAUUGCGAUGGAUUCAAGUUCGAGCCAGGAAUUCGAUUACCUGUUUAAGCUGUUGAUGAUUGGGGACUCCGGCGUCGGCAAGAGCAGCCUUCUUCUCUGUUUCACCUCCGAUACCUUCGACGAUCUCGCCCCCACCAUUGGUGUUGAUUUUAAGGUCAAGUAUGUAAUGAUGGAUGGUAAAAAGCUCAAGCUUGCUAUCUGGGAUACAGCUGGUCAGGAGAGAUUCAGAACAUUGACAAGUUCGUACUACCGAGGGGCACAAGGGAUCAUUAUGGUUUAUGAUGUAACUCGGCGAGAAACAUUUACAAACCUCUCUGAAGUGUGGGCAAAGGAAAUAGAACUUUAUUCAACAAACCAAGAUUGCAUCAAGAUGCUUGUAGGAAACAAAGUGGAUAAGGAGAGUGAUAGAGUUGUGACAAAGAAAGAGGGAAUUGACUUUGCAAGGGAAUACGGUUGCCUAUUUAUUGAAUGCAGUGCUAAAACUCGAGUAAAUGUACAACAAUGCUUUGAAGAGCUUGUUUUGAAGAUUUUGGAUACACCUAGCCUCUUAGCCGAGGGUUCUAAGGGGAUUAAGAAGAACAUUUUUAAGGACAAGCCACCGCAAUCUGAUGCAGCCACAAGUGGUUGUUGCUGAUGCUAGUUUCAUUCCAGAACUUGCUGCAUUUUUAAUGUCUCCAACAGAAAGGGCAUUGAAUCCAUCGUCAUAAACAGAUUUCCAACACAAUUUAGCAGCUGGGGAAUAUAACGAUUUUAUUGUUUGAUCGCAUUUGAUUUAUUAUAUGUAGAUCUUCAUGGAUGUCAAGAAAGUUUUGAAAAUUGUAUAUAACGUCUGACAAUGGCGUUGGUCUAACUGUUAAUCAUAUUCAAUGAAAGCAAUAUGCGAUUGAUUAGUACUUACUACAAAUUUAUCAUUUCUUA